UAACCUACAACAGUCGGCUCCCACGAGUCACCCCACCAAAGCAGGUGCCAAAUUCAAUCUCAAAGAUAAGGCGCUCUCUCUAUCCGACCCAAAAUUCUCUGUAGCUCUCUCUCUCCCUCCGUCCCUCGUUUGGUGAGGGAGAGUGCAGCUGGAACACAAAGCGAAUGUGAUAAACCCAAGCAGCAAUGACCACUUCUCUGCAACCGUGUCUUCUCUGUAAACCCCCGCCGUCUUUGUCGUCUUCGAAGCGUUUUCAUCUUCCUCGCCAUGCAGCUUCUUCUUCUUGCCUCUCUUUCAAUCUGAUUUCUCUCUCUACUUUUACUUCCUCAAAUUUUCCUAAAUCCCGACUUUUUCCCCGGACUCUCUCGGUUCCUUGCACGUUACGCCCCGAAAGUGGGGGCUUAGAUUCCGAAAGAUUGACAUUUUCGGAUAAUUUCAAGAAUUUUUACGGCGAUAGCUCGAGUUUCAAUGUGAAUAGUUCGUUUUCCGAAUUUGGAAUUUCGAAAAAUGACGAAUUUGGCGGUGGAAAUUCUGAAAUUCGGUUAAAGAGUGAGUUUGGGGAGGUGGGUUUGGAAAAUGGGGAAGCGGGUAGUGAAAAACUGGAGCAAAGUGAGGGAAAGGAUCAGAAUUUGGCCGCCACUGAGGGAAAGAGUGGGACUUUGAGUGAUACUGAGAUAAAGAGUAGGUUACCGUUGGUAAUGUUCUUGAUAGGGACGUGGGUAAGGCUGAAAAAAGGUUUUGAGAAAGUAUUGGGUUGGGAUUGGUCGAGUUGGUGGCCCUUUUGGCGGCGGGAGAAGCGGUUGGAGAGGUUGAUUGCGGAGGCAGAUGCAAACCCGAAGGACGUGGCGAAGCAAAAUGCUCUGCUGGCCGAGCUCAAUAAGCAUAGUCCAGAAUCUGUCAUCAAUCGAUUUGAAGGAAGAGAUCAUGCAGUAGACAGUAGAGGAGUUGCAGAAUAUCUUCGAGCUCUUGUAGUCACGAAUGCUAUAUCUGACUAUCUUCCAGACGAGGAGACUGGGAAGCCCUCUAGUCUUCCUACAUUGUUGCAAGAGCUGAAACAGCAAGCAUCAGGUAACACGGAUGAGGCCUUUCUGAACCCUGGCAUACCUGUGAAGCAGCCAUUACAUGUUGUGAUGGUUAAGCCUAAAGUUUCAAACAAAUCACGUUUUGUGCAAGAGCUUAUCUCCACCAUCUUGUUUACUGUAGCUGUUGGAUUAGUGGGGUUAAUGGGUGCCGCUGCAUUUCAAAAGUAUGUAGGGAACUUGGGUGGGAUAGGAGCAUCGGGUGUUGGAUCAAGUUCUUCCUAUGCCCCAAAGGAGUUAAAUAGAGAUGUUAUUCCAGAGAAGAAUAUUAAAACAUUUAAGGAUGUCAAAGGUUGCGAUGAUGCAAAGCAGGAGCUUGAGGAAGUGGUGGAAUAUCUGAAAAACCCAUCUAAAUUUACUCGGCUUGGUGGAAGCCUGACACAUGCUUAUUUGCAGGGAAUUCUUUUGACUGGAGCACCAGGAACAGGAAAAACUCUGCUUGCCAAGGCUAUUGCUGGCGAAGCUGGGGUACCUUUUUUCUAUAGAGCAGGAUCUGAAUUUGAGGAAAUGUUUGUUGGUGUUGGUGCUCGGCGUGUAAGAUCCUUAUUCCAAGCUGCAAAAAAAAAGGCUCCUUGUAUAAUUUUCAUCGAUGAAAUAGAUGCUGUUGGGUCCACAAGAAAACAAUGGGAAGGCCAUACCAAAAAAACAUUGCAUCAAUUGCUCGUUGAAAUGGAUGGCUUUGAACAGAAUGAGGGUAUAAUAUUAAUGGCUGCAACAAACUUGCCUGAUAUUCUUGAUCCAGCUUUAACAAGGCCUGGUAGAUUUGAUAGGCAUAUUGUUGUUCCAAAUCCAGAUGUACGAGGUCGUCAAGAGAUAUUGGAGUACUAUCUACAGAAUAAACCAUUGGCUGACGAGAUAGAUGUAAAGGCAAUUGCUCGUGGUACUCCGGGAUUCAAUGGGGCAGAUCUUGCAAACUUGGUUAAUAUUGCUGCCAUUAAAGCUGCUGUUGAAGGUGCAGAAAAGUUAACAGCUUCUCAGCUGGAAUUUGCAAAAGACAGGAUCGUGAUGGGUACAGAGCGGAAAACAAUGUUCAUGUCAGAAGAGUCAAAGAAGCUCACUGCAUACCAUGAGAGUGGUCAUGCGAUUGUUGCCUUCAAUACAGAGGGCACACAUCCGAUACACAAGGCAACAAUCAUGCCACGUGGAUCUGCUUUGGGAAUGGUCGCUCAGCUUCCUUCAAGUGAUGAGACAUCAAUUAGCAAAAAGCAGUUAUUAGCCCGUCUCGAUGUUUGUAUGGGAGGUAGAGUUGCAGAAGAGCUCAUCUUUGGUCAGGACCAGGUCACAACAGGAGCUAGUAGUGACCUUCACACAGCUACAGAGCUAGCCCACUAUAUGGUAUCAAAGUGUGGGAUGAGUGACACGAUCGGGCCAGUUCACAUCAAUGAGCAGUCAAGUUCAGAAAUGCAAUCACGUAUUGAUGCUGAAGUGGUGAAACUCUUAAGAGAAGCAUAUGACCGUGUAAAAGCCUUGCUAAAGAAGCAUGAGAAGGCAUUACAUUCACUGGCGAAUGCACUUCUAGACUAUGAGACACUAAGCGCCAAAGAAAUAAAGCGCAUUCUUCUUCCGUACCGUGAAGGAAGGCUGCCAGAGCAACAAGAACAAGAAGGGAACUUUGUAUUGGUUUAGAAUUUGGCUUCUUUUCUUUUUCAGAAAUCUGCAACUCCAGGGGAGCUCUGUACAGUUUAUUGAAAGCACCAUAGAUGGUUAUUUGUACCACUACCAAUCCCCCUUUUAUCUUUCUGCUGCAAGAUACACCAAUGGAAGUCUAUUCAUACACGCUCCCAGAGUAUCUCUGAAGCAACGUUCUGGCCUCUUGUCUGACAUACAGCCAAUGUGAUGGAUAAUGUAUUUAGUUGGAGAAAUCCUGUAUUGUUUAAACUAUUACCCCAUUUUGGGUGAAAUUUUGAAGGUAAGGACAGAUUUGAGAUUACAGGAACUCUUGUAUUGUACUCUUUUUUUUUUUUCUUGGACAAAAUAGAACCUUUUAUUAAUAAAUCAACCAUUACAUGCUUUGUCAUUAA